CACAGUAUUUUAAUAGGACUUAAGCCUGCUUUAUGAUAAAAAAACAUGAAAAUCUCACUUUUUUAUAAUAUGGGACCUUUAAGGGGAAAUUUGUCGGAUUUGUUGUUGGGUCUGUCUUCUGUGAAGUCUGAAAAUUGUCUAAUAUUUUAUAUGUAUUUUUUAUUGAAAUUUGUUACCUAAUAAAUAUUUUUCUACAAUACGCAAAACUCAAACUGCUUUGUCAUUAUUUUUGUAUAUUGGUGGCCCUGGUGUGAAACAGCCUUAAAGGGGUAGAAAAUAAACUGUUGCCUAUAAUGCCAUCCUUUGAAGUGCGCAUAUAGGCGUUUCCUCAAAUCGUCAACCAAUCAGCUUUCUGGGAGCUCAGGGGACAAAGAACAAGAGUUCCAUUUGUUCUUCAUUCAAAUAAAAAGAGAAAGUUGCAGCACAGAGGACCAAAAUAACUACAUCUCUACUUGAAAAUGGUGCAUGCAUUAUUUUGGCUCCUGCCUCUUUUAUACAAAUUGUGUCCCGGACAUGCCUGGAUGGCAAGUAACUUUCUUAUGACGGGACCAAAGGCCUAUCUCACCUAUGCAAGGAGCGUGCAGGGAGGCGCACAGAGUGGGAUUGAGGAGUGCAAACACCAGUUUGCAUGGGAUAAGUGGAACUGUCCCGACAGUGCAACUCAACUCAAAGGACUGAAACGAGCCACUAGAGAGACUUCUUUCGUCCACGCCAUCAGCGCAGCGGGGGUCAUGUACACUCUGACCAGGAACUGUAGUCUGGGAGACCUGGACAACUGCGGCUGUGAUGUCUCCAAGAACGGAAAAAUUGGAGGUAGUGGCUGGCUGUGGGGAGGCUGCAGUGAUAACGUGGAUUUCGGAGAGAGGAUUUCCAAACAGUACGUGGAUGCUCAGGAGACCGGUCAGGACUCCAGGGCUGCUGUUAACCUGCAUAACAACGCGGCUGGGCGGCUGGCCGUGAAGGCAACAAUGAAGCGCAUCUGCAGAUGCCACGGCAUGUCUGAGAGCUGCAGUGUCCAAACCUGCUGGACACAGCUGUCAGAUUUCAGAGAAAUCGGCAACUACUUGAAGAUGAAGCACAGUCAAGCCCAGAAGCUGGACGUCGAGAAGAAGCGCAUGCGUGCUGGCAACAGCGCGGACAACCGAGGCGCCAUCGUGGACGCGUUCGGCGGCGUCGCACCGGCGGAGCUCAUCUACCUGGAGGACUCUCCGGACUACUGCCGGAGGAACAGCAGCUGGGGGCUGUACGGCACCGAGGGCCGGGAGUGUGUGCAGCACGGAGAGGGUCUGACCCAGUGGGAGAGGCGCAGCUGCCGCAGGUUGUGUCACGAAUGCGGCCUGAGGGUGGAAGAGAGGCGCACUGAGGCGGUGAGCAGCUGCAACUGCAAGUUCCACUGGUGCUGCACGGUGAACUGUGACGACUGCUCUCAGGUUCUAGUGAAACACGUGUGCGCCAGGAGGGAAGGUGCUGACGGGCACGGAUUUAGAGGACGGAGAUACCGUGGACCCAAGUGAAAAAAGAUUUUAUAUGCAUCUGUUAUACCUGUCUACAUCCCUGUAAAAUAAUGGCCCAUAUUAAGAUGUUAAAUGUCUGCACUUUUCUAUGUCUCCUUGUAUAAAUAUUUGAGUGUCUAUUUAUGAAUUUUGUUUUAUUAAAAUAAAAGU